AUGGCGUCCACAGCUCCUCAGUCAUCAACAUCUCGGAGGUCAAAGGAGUCGGAGCGGAUAGGCAGUUUUCAGCGUCAUGAAGAGAUUGGUCGGGGUAGCUUUGCCACGGUCUACAAGGCAAUCCAUACGACUAACUCGGGGGUUCAAAGCAUCGUGGCCAUCAAAUCUGUCAACAUGUCCAAGUUGAACAAGAAGUUGAAGGACAACCUGACCUCCGAGAUCUCGAUCCUCAAAGGCCUUCACCAUCCCCAUAUCGUAGCCCUCAUCGACUGCAAGGAAUCGAGUGCCCACAUACAUUUGGUCAUGGAAUACGUUGCUCUGGGUGACCUUUCCCACUUUAUCAAGAGACGAAAUGAGAUCAAGGACAGCGAGUUGGUGGGCAACAUGAUGGUCAAAUACCCGAAUCCUCGAUAUGGCGGCCUUCAUGAGGUGGUGGUCCGGCACUUCCUGAAACAACUCGCCAGUGCUCUGCAGUUCUUGCGAGCCAAAAAUCUCAUCCAUCGAGAUGUCAAACCCCAGAAUCUCCUGCUGAACCCGUCCCCUGACUACUUUGAGAAACACAAGCCACAUCCUAUGCCCUAUAAAGUCGGUGACGAUUCGCUAAACCCAGUCACCGGCAUCAGGUCGUUGCCGAUGCUCAAGAUUGCAGAUUUCGGGUUUGCUCGGUCCCUGCCCUCGACAGCCCUUGCCGAGACUUUGUGUGGUUCACCGCUCUACAUGGCUCCAGAGAUCCUACGGUACGAGAAAUACGGGGCAAAGGCCGAUCUCUGGUCUGUGGGAACCGUGCUUUACGAGAUGAUGACGGCCCGGCCUCCUUUCCGUGCUUCUAAUCAUGUCGAGCUACUUCGAAAAAUCGAGAAGAGCGAGGACAAGAUCAAGUUUGGGGACGAGUACAUAAUAACCGAAGAAAUGAAGAAGCUCAUUCGGUCACUCCUGAAGAGAGAUCCUGAGGAGAGACUGUCAUUCCCCGAUUUCUUCAGCAACGAGAUCGUGGCAGGUCCUAUUCCUGGAUUGCAUCCAGAGGAUAUGCUCCAAGACCCCGUCCAAUCCCAAAACGACCGUCGAAGAAAUAGUCGAACUGAUCCUGCCGGGCUAACACGUCCAAGCUCCCGAAGGGAGCCGGAAAGUCCUUAUAUUGAUUCCUCCAAGUCUGCGUCCGAAGAAAAUGUACAACGGAGAUACAGUCGGCCAUUAUCCGGUACAAAGGACCAAAUUAUCACGCAAAGAAUCACUAAUGAAGAGCUCCAAGCUACUCUAGCCUCGCCCACCAGUCCAGUUGAUGGCCGUCCAGCUCUUCAUCCGCAUGCCACGGCACCAGCAAGGCAAGAGCUGGUACUACGUCCUUCGUCGGCUCCAAUGGCGCGUCAGACCAGCGCAGGCUCGCAUAAAUUGCCGCCUUCGUCGUUGCGUGGCCAAGUCUAUGAUGAAGCUCAGGAAGCUACCCUGCGCAAGGAACAGGAGGAAAAAGAGCGGGAGCGGGUUGCGCAGGAUAUCGCCUUCGAGCGAGACUACGUCCUAGUGGAGAAGAAGGCGGUGGAGGUCAACGCAUUGGCUGACGAGCUCGAAGCCAGUCCCCGACUGAACAGGAAUUCUCUUCAGACUGCCAUGUCCCCCAAAUCAGGAGCCAUGGUCCGCAGAGCCACAACGCAGGGGGCACCUGGCUCGGCAACCGGCGCUCAGACGAGUGCUUCUCGAGCUGUCCAGAUCGCCUCAGGACGCAGACCUGACUCGCUUCAUCAACGGCAGAACUCCUACGAACGACGGUAUGGCCCCAGCCCCGGCUCGGCCACUUCGGCGAUUUCAAAGGCCCUCAACAUGGCUAGCGGCCGACUGUUCGGGGUUGGAUUCUCUCCUCCAGUGAACCUGAUUCGUGGCGGCAAAUCUCCUCCAAUCACCUAUAGCCCAUUUCCUACAUAUCCUGGAGCGCAAAGCAGCCUGGUAAUGAUUGGCGAUUCUAAGGGAACAGCAGCUGCUGACGAAGACACAAAAUUCGUUCAGAAUGUGGAGGAAAUUGCUACCAGGAGCGACGUUGUCUAUGGAUUUGCAGAGGUCAAGUAUAAACAAUUGAUCCCUGCCGGCCCAUCACACCCGGGGCUCGGUUUGCGCAACGCAUCCGGCGAUAAUGUCAGCGGUGGUCCGUUCGGGGCCUCUAAUGAAGACCUCACAAUCGAGGCAGUCGUGGUCGUGGCGGAAGAGGCUUUGGUGCUCUACGUCAAAGCCCUGGCCCUGCUUGCCAAAGGCAUGGACAUUGCGGCACGUUGGUGGGCACGCAAGAACCGGGCUGAGGCUACCAGCGAUAACGUCACUUAUCGGUCUAGCACAAACUCGGCUGCUGCAGGGCAAAGGAUGAACAACGUUGUACAAUGGAUUCGGAAUCGUUUCAACGAGGUUCUUGAAAAGGCAGAUCUGGUUCGACUAAAACUCAUCGACAGUCAGCGACGUCUGCCUGAAGAUCACCCCAGUCAUCCGAACAACAUUUCGUCCACAACCGCAUCUAGCGCCGGUUUAGGGACCUCGGCAGACCAAGUGGUCGUAAGCUCCGGUAUUACCGCGGAGAAGCUCAUGUACGACCGGGCCUUGGAAAUGAGUCGAGCGGCCGCCAUCAAUGAAUUGACCAACGAAGACCUGGCUGGAUGCGAGAUCUCAUAUGUGACGGCAAUUCGGAUGUUAGAAGCUGUUCUGGAGAACGAUGACGACAACCUAUCGAGGAACGGCAGUGGGACUAGCGACCAAGAUGAAAAGGAGGACCUGGCUCCGAUCAAUGGAUUGGAAGCUGAAGAUAGAAGGACGGUGAAGAACUUGGUGGCGAGCAUUCGUCAACGUCUGACCGUCAUACGGAGAAAGCUUCAAGUCAUCCAGAAGCGUGCAUCCGCGCCGGCCGUUGCGUCUCCAACGCGAGCAUCUCCUCCCAUCCCUCACCGCGGGAGUCACCCUAAUACAGGGCCCGCAGCUACACCUCCACGAUCAUGA